GCCGUGUGGGGCGCUCCGGGCGGCGACGGCGGCUCUCGUAGGCGGUUCCGGUCCUGUAUCUCGGGGCGGCGGCGGCUCAUGGCGGCGACGGAGCUGAGAGGGGUGGUGGGGCCGGGCCCGGCGGCCAUUGCAGCUCCGGGCGGCGGCGGCACCGGUCCCCCCGUGGUGGGAGGCGGCGGCGGCGGCCGCGGAGACUCGGGGCCGGGCUCCGGGGCCGCGCUGGGCACGGUGGCCGCGGCGGCGGCGGCGGGCGGCCCGGGCUCCGGCGCCGGGGGAGUGGCGGCUGCGGGCCCGGCCCCUGCGCCGCCGGCGGGGGGCUCCGGCGGCUCGGGCGCCGGGGGUUCGGGCUCGGCUCGAGAGGGCUGGCUCUUCAAAUGGACCAAUUAUAUCAAAGGCUACCAGCGGCGGUGGUUCGUGCUGAGCAACGGGCUCCUGAGCUACUACAGGUCAAAGGCCGAAAUGAGACACACCUGCCGUGGUACCAUCAACCUCGCCACGGCCAACAUCACCGUGGAGGACUCCUGUAACUUCAUCAUUUCCAACGGGGGUGCUCAGACCUACCACCUGAAGGCGAGCUCAGAAGUGGAGCGACAGCGCUGGGUGACAGCCCUGGAGCUGGCCAAGGCGAAGGCCGUGAAGAUGCUGGCGGAGUCGGAUGAGUCGGGAGAUGAAGAGUCUGUGUCACAAACCGACAAGACCGAGCUGCAGAACACCCUCCGGACGCUGUCCAGCAAGGUGGAGGACCUGAGCACGUGCAACGACCUGAUCGCCAAGCACGGCACUGCGCUGCAGCGCUCCCUCAGCGAGCUGGAGUCCCUGCGGCUGCCCGCCGAGAGCAAUGAGAAGAUCAAGCAGGUCAAUGAACGGGCCACACUCUUCAGGAUAACGUCCAACGCCAUGAUCAACGCCUGCAGAGACUUCCUCAUGUUAGCCCAGACCCACAGUAAAAAAUGGCAGAAGUCCCUCCAGUAUGAAAGAGACCAGCGUAUCCGCCUGGAAGAGACCCUGGAGCAGCUGGCGAAGCAACAUAAUCACCUGGAGAGGGCCUUCCGGGGCGCCACCGUGCUGCCUGCCAACACUCCCGGCAGCACUGGUUCCGGAAAAGAUCAGUGCUGCUCUGGCAAAGGAGACAUGAGCGAUGAGGAUGAUGAGAAUGAGUUUUUUGAUGCUCCUGAGAUCAUCACCAUGCCUGAAAAUUUGGGCCACAAACGUACUGGCAGCAACAUCAGUGGAGCCAGCAGUGACAUCAGCCUGGAUGAGCAGUACAAGCAUCAGCUGGAAGAGACCAAGAAGGAAAAGAGAACUAGGAUACCAUACAAGCCAAACUAUAGCCUCAAUUUAUGGAGCAUCAUGAAGAACUGCAUUGGGAAAGAACUCUCAAAGAUCCCCAUGCCGGUGAACUUUAACGAGCCCUUAUCCAUGCUUCAGCGCCUUACUGAAGAUCUGGAAUACCACGAGCUGUUAGACCGAGCUGCAAAAUGUGAGAACUCUCUAGAACAGCUCUGUUAUGUUGCAGCUUUCACCGUGUCCUCCUACUCCACUACUGUCUUCCGUACCAGCAAGCCAUUCAACCCACUCCUUGGGGAAACCUUCGAGCUGGACCGAUUAGAGGAGAACGGGUACCGAUCCCUCUGUGAGCAGGUGAGUCAUCAUCCCCCUGCUGCUGCACACCAUGCCGAGUCCAAAAAUGGCUGGACAUUGCGUCAGGAAAUCAAAAUCACCAGCAAGUUCCGAGGCAAAUACCUCUCCAUUAUGCCCCUCGGUAGCAUCCACUGUAUUUUCCAUGCAACUGGGCACCACUACACUUGGAAAAAAGUUACCACAACGGUACACAACAUUAUCGUGGGCAAGUUGUGGAUAGAUCAGUCCGGUGAAAUUGAUAUUGUGAAUCACAAGACGGGCGACAAGUGCAAUCUUAAAUUUGUUCCUUAUAGCUACUUCUCUCGUGAUGUAGCAAGAAAGGUGACCGGGGAAGUGACCGAUCCAUCAGGAAAAGUUCACUUUGCCCUUCUGGGGACAUGGGAUGAAAAAAUGGAUUGUUUCAAAGUACAACCAGUCAUUGGGGAAAAUGGGGGUGAUGCUCGACAGAGAGGCCAUGAGGCAGAGGAAAGCAGGGUCAUGCUAUGGAAAAGGAACCCUUUACCGAAGAACGCAGAAAACAUGUACUACUUCUCAGAGCUCGCUCUCACGCUCAAUGCCUGGGAAAGUGGCACUGCCCCCACAGACAGCAGAUUGCGGCCCGACCAGAGACUGAUGGAAAACGGGCGCUGGGAUGAAGCCAAUGCUGAGAAGCAGCGCCUGGAGGAAAAACAAAGACUUUCCAGGAAGAAGAGAGAAGCAGAAGCUAUGAAAGCCACCGAGGAUGGCACACCGUACGAUCCCUAUAAAGCACUGUGGUUUGAGCGGAAGAAGGACCCUGUUACCAAGGAGUUAACCCAUAUUUAUAGGGGAGGAUACUGGGAAUGUAAAGAAAAACAGGACUGGACCUCAUGCCCGGACAUUUUCUGAAAUGGCAGCAACAAACAGGAGGAGGAUCCAAAGGAGAAGAUGACAGAGGAUGUGCGGGAAAGCUGGCAUUUGUGACUCUUACCAAGCGCUUUCCUCCAGUUUGUCUGUCUUAACCAAUCAUUUUUUCCAAAUCAAUCACCAGAAGCAGACACCAGUGGUGGUGAUUGGCUGGUUGCCUUAGCUGAUUGAAACUGAAAUCGACAUACUAGAUACCUAUGUUUGUAAGGGGGAGGGUGAGUGGCUGAAAGUUAGCGUUACAGCCCUUCUGCAAAGUCAAGUACUCUCGACUCUUCCUUCUCCCUCUGCCCCCAUUUUAAGAUGACGUCAUUCACCCUCCCCUGUAGUAUCCUGCUCAGCCAAGGUCCGCAUGAGAUUAUGAUUCAGGGGCAUUUUUGGUGCUGUUCAGAGCAAGAGCUGAAUUUAGAAGUUCCUUCAAAGAGGAAGCACAUAAGACUUACCAACGGAGGCAUCGUGAAUGACUGCAGUGGAGCUUAGGCGUGGCGUUAUGAGGCGGGGUCACAGACGGGGUCAGUUUAAUGGGGUGUCCACCCAGAGGUAACUGCGGUAUCGGAACGCUGGCGAGGGGGCUUGUUCUGUAAGGUUGGAAUAUUCAGAGUGACAUUCUUAGAAGUUUCUAUCUUGCGUAAAAUACCCUUCUGCGGUCCUCCCUCUUUGACAGCGACCGGAGGCUGCUUUGGUGGUUGGUAGGAGGGUCACGUUAUCCUCACAAGGGAGUUUUCUGGACUUCGUCAGGCCGAGAACUUCUGAGAACACAAAGCAGGAUGGAAGAGACCGCUAGUCACUUUGCCGUCCCCAUUCCUCCUCACCCCCAUCCUUCAUUGCCUUUCUUGCCCCCACCCCCAUCUCCCUCUCUCUCAGCACGAUACCAGUUUGGGUCUGGGCCCCCGUGCGGAGCAAAGCACUACCUGCCCUAUUCUGACAUCCUUCAGAAUUUGAGAGAAGGACUUAAUUUGGAACAAAAGUUUUCACCAUCUCUCAAGCCCUACGGACUGGAGCCACCUCUAGAAUAAUGUGUUAAAUACCUGUAUAUUAUAUAUAUGUAGAGAAAAAUCUAAUUUUUUUUGUUUGAUCUUCCUCCUUCCCAUUAAGAAUCUUGUUUUUUGGUAUCAUUUGUCUCCCUGGGACUCUCUCUUGGACACACUGAUGUGGGCUGGGGCCUCCCCUGUCUUCCGUCUUUUAGGGGCAGGCAGAUCCAGAACCUGUGUAGGGUCACAUCUGGCAGUUACUGAGCAGGGACUCGAUCCCUGGUCUGUGUCAUGGAGUGCCUGCCCACUGCUGUCUAGAUUCUGCUCUCCUGAUUGCCUGACUCUUAAAAAUGAAAUCCUAACUCUUCCCGCCUUUUUUCCUUCUUCUGUUAGGAAGAGCGUGGGUAGAGAGGACGGUGAUUUCCAGUUUAAUUCCACCUCUGCCCAAAUCGCAGCAUACACAGCUGAUUCCCAAAAGAAAC